AUGACAGCGUGCCCCGGUGCUGCUGCUGCUGGAGGUGAGGCUGCUGCUCCUGCAGCAGCAGCAGCAGCAGCAGGAGCAGAAGGAGGAGCACAAGCAGUAUCAGCAGCAAAGGCAGCAGCAGCAGCAGCAGAAGAAGAUGGUUCUGCUUCGCAGCAAAUGCAGGAGCAAGCUGCGGGUAUAUCUGAAGAAGUACCUAGGGGUGUGCUGCCAGCCUCAGCUCUCGUUUUAGCUGAGGCGUUAGAUGCUUCUUUCUGCCCUCUUAUUAAUGAAGUUGCGCAGCAGCUAGUGCAGCAGCUGCUGUUGCUGCAUGAAGAGCAUCCGUGUCUAUUCCAGGCUGUUGAAGACUCUCCUGAGGGCCCCCUUACUGGGGCCCCAGCAGAGGGGGGCCCCUCCUUUACUCUUGAGCUUGAGGGGCGUCUAGGGGUAAUACUAGAAAGAGAGAAGAACUGUCGCUUGCGCCUACCCUUAGCAAGCCACGCUGUGCUGCAGCCUUCAUUUUGCAUGGGUACAGGGGGGGGUACAGACGCAGCAGGGGAGGAGGGGGGCCCCCAGGCACGUUUUGCGGCUGGAGUUUCUGCUGCACACUUUGCCGAGCUUAAAGAGCUGCUGCUGAGGGUAGCAACAGACAACAGAAGAGUUGCUGCACAACGCAUGCAGGUUCACUUAGCUCUCAUGGGUAUAGAACCCUAUUCGGGGGCCCCAGAGGACUGCGCUGAUGCUGCAGACGAGGGGGGCCCCCAAGGGGGGCCCCCUGAGGAGUGCAGCAAUACCUUCAACAAGGAGGCCCUUAAACAACUCACUGGAGACGACUGGCAAGUGCUGCCUGAGGUGGAGACAGAAGAAAAUUAUUAUCACAUUCCCGCUCUACAAGCUUCCGCGCGCUUCAGUACCAAUCUGGCUGAUGCAGUAGGGGGCCCCCAGGGGGGCCCCCUAGGGGGCCCCCAGGGGGCCUCUAGGGGCCCCGCUAGUUAUCGUGGGGGCCCCUUUCUGGGGGGCCCCAUGAGCAUUCAGGGGCUGGCACAGGUGCUGAUAAGCCCUGGUAUAUACAAGCAGAAUUUGCUGCAGUGGAAUGUCUACACAGGAGCAGAUAAAGAAGAUGCAUUUGCUAGCACAGAUGACUGGGGGGGCCCCUCGGGGGCCCCUGAUGAGACAGCUGAGAGGGCACGGGUUGAUUACAGACUCGCGAUAAACUUUGAACAUAAAAUCGAAGUUAAAGACCUGCAGAAGUCGCUCUUACAGAUGGCGUGUGCAGCAAGGGGUAGCGGGGGGGCCCCCCCUGGGUACCCUGGGGCCCCCCCCCCUCCCCCUACGAACGGAGCAGAGCCCCAGCUGCGCCGUUUAAGACUGAGACAGAGUCUUGUGCAUCGCAGCGGGCUGAGGAUUGAUCUAACUAAAGUACAGCAGCAGACAAAACCCACAUGGGGGCCCCAGCCAGACAAUAGACGAGAGGCCCCUGCACGCUGGCAGUACGAAGCGAUAUUACAUCAGCAGCGAACGGGCGAUCCGCGUCCUUUAUGGUGUUUGUGCUCAACUUUUCUGUCUUUGUUGCGGGAGUUAUCGGGUUGUCUUAACUCUCCUCAACGCCUUCGGGGGGGCCCCCAAGGCUCUAAGGGGGCCCCUGGGGAUAAUGAAGCGGAGCUUGCAGACUUGGGAGACGUGCAGAUGAGUGCCUCUGAGGAAAUUGCAUUUAAACAUUUCUUAUCUGAACAGCUUCCUCUUAUAGGGGACUACGCCUAUAGAGCUGUUGCUCAGGAGAUGGAACAAAUCAGCAGAGAAGGAACUGAAGAAGUUCCUUCAUUAGAGAAAUUCAUGCAACAGCCCGAUGUUGAUAAAAAGUGCCUCUACACCCACAACAAAACCCACAUCUCAGGGCCUUGGAUUCCUCAUAAAGACAAAGACGGAAAGGUUCAUCUUGUGGAAGUACGGCGCUAG